GGCGCAGGGUGAAAGCGGCCGGGGCGAGGGGGAGGGUGCGUACGGAGGGGGCCUGGGGCGAGCAUCAGAGGCCCCCACCCCUCGGCCCAACGCGGCCUGUGGCAGGCGGGAGAGACCCUGCGUCGCUGCUCGCGGCGGCUCCCCGCGGCUGCCAGGGGAGAGCAGGGUGGCCCCCGACAGCGACGGUGCCCGCACCCCUGCGACGACCCGCUGGCCCCGCGAGGAGCCCGGCGAGCGGGAAAGUGCGAGGAAGGCUUCACCGGUGUGAACAGCCCCACGGCCCCGAGAGCGAGCGGGGCGCCCUGCGAGGGGUGGUGACUGGGCCGGCGGAGGAGGCAGGAGUCGGCUGUCCGGAGGGCCUGUGGCCUCUGCCCGCACAGGUAUCCCCAAGAGUGACCUACACACGUGUGAGACCAGCGCAGGCCAAGGCCGUCGGCUUCCUCUACCACCCCUGCGCCCACCCCUGGCUGAAGCUCCGGCUUGCCCUCCUGGCUCACACGUGGGUGACGAAGCCCCUGCUUGCCCCCGACUCCAGUCUUACUCGGGAGCGGCCCGUGGUGCUGACAGCCUGGGGGGUGGCCCUGGAGAUGGCAUGGAUAGAGCCAGCCUGGGCCGCCCACUGGGCCCACUGGUUGAAGAGGCGGCGGCGGUGGAGACAGAGAAAGAAGGAGUGGCCCCACUCGGUCGGACUUUCUGGGGCCCCUCCCUCUGCCGGAGCGGGGCUGUGCGGGAGGAGGUGUGCCCAGGCCCUGGCCCCUGCUCGGCAGAGCUGGCGGCCCCCAGGUACUGCGGGGACAUCCAGAGGGCCCAGGCAGCUCUCUCCCAGUGGUGCCAAGAGGCGGGGGCUGCGGGCCGCCCUGGGUCUCCAGCCCACUCCCUCAGGCCCAAGACCUGCCUCGUCUUCCUCCUGGAGCCUGAAGUCCCAGCAGCGCCUGUUGGGAGCCUUAGAUAAGGGGAGUAAAACUACAGUGCUGCCUGGGCUCCCCGAGAGCAAGGCCAGCUCCAGGACAGAGGCUCUGGAGCCCCAUGGGCAAGGCAGCCCCGGCCUCUGUGCCUGCCCCACUCAGGCUUCCCCAGCCCCGCGGGCAGCAGCGCCUCCGCGGGCAGCUCAGGGCCCCACGCCACGCACCGAGGAGGCCGCCUGGGCGGCCAUGGCCCUGACCUUCCUGCUGGUGCUGCUCACGCUGGCCACACUCUGCACUCGGCUGCACCGAAACUUCCGAAGAGGGGAGAGCAUCUACUGGGGGCCCUCCGCGGACAGCCAGGACACGGUGGCCGCUGUGCUGAAGCGGAGAUUGCUAAUGCCUCCGCGCCGCGGCAAGCGCUCCCGGCGGAGACCCCUCCUUCCGCCCACACCGGACAGUGGCCCGGAUGGGGACAGCUCUGACUGACCUGGCCCGGCCCAGCCGCUGUGGCGCCGCGGGCUCCUCCCGCUGGGAGGCCGCGACCUCUGCCACGUGGACCCGCGCCGCAGCGCCCCCUGGUGGCAGACGCAGCAUUGCCGCGGCCUGACUUCCUUGGGAGGGGUGGCCCCUCGGAGAAAUGACGCUUUGUGCUUCCCGUUCCGAAAUGCCCCAUAUUUCUUAUUAAAUUAUUUUA